AAAGUAUUGGCAUUAAAAAGAAAAUAUUCAAUAGUAACCGUGUUGUGUUGUUUAUCUCUAAAAUGAUAGUUAAAUAACAGAUUGUGUAUUGUGGAAGUUCAGUAGGCUAUGAGAAGGUAUUGCGGUGACUAUAAUCGUUGCUAUAGUAACGCGUUAUUCCGCCGAACACUUCUAUUCAAGGUUAUAGAUCAACGACACGAGCAUGUUCUCUGAACACGACAUAUUAGAUCAUUUUAUAGUUAGAUAUCCAAACGUAUUGCGAGACAACAAUAUAUCAGAUGAUUGGAAAGAUCUACUGCAUGAAGUUUUUGUAGAAAACGAAACAGUUUUACAAGAUUUAAAUAAAUUUUUAGAGACUAUUCCAGAAGAUUCUUUACUUCCAAUUCGCUCUAAUAUAUGGUCGUUUACUCGGUAUUGUAAACCGGAAGAAGUGAAAGUUGUAAUAGUUGGUCAAGAUCCGUAUGCUACUAGAGGAUGGGCUCACGGUUUAGCAUUUAGUGUUGAAAAACAUAUAAAGAAAAUACCACCAUCACUAAGAAAUAUUUUGAAAGAAGUAAAGAUUGAUAUUGGAAAUUCAAAAUAUGCAAAAUCUUUGAAAUCGUUUCCUUCUAAUUAUGGAUAUUUGGAACAUUGGGCUAAACAAGGAGUUCUACUAUUGAACAGCGUUCUCACUGUAACAGUCGAUAACAGCAAAUCGCACUCAAACAAAGGUUGGGAGACUGUGAUUUCUAAACUCAUCGUCAAAUUACAAAUUGUAAUAAAUACCCAAGAGAAGUUUUUAAUAUUCAUGCUGUGGGGCAACGACGCUAAAAAAAUGGAAGAAUUCGUGAACAAAAAACAAGGUAAUAAAGUCUUACUUGCCGGACACCCUUCUCCAUUAAAUCGACUCCAAAGUUUUCUAGGAUGCCGACAUUUUUCGAAAACCAAUGAUAUACUCACAUCAGUUGGCAUGAAUCCAAUAGAUUGGUCAUUAACGUAAUUAAAAUACUUGAUUCAUUUGUAUUUUUUUGUAAUUUGUAAUAUAAGUUUUUCA